UGACCGAGGUUUGCUUGACUGUUGGAGACCAAACGGUAAGAGACAGACCAAAAAGGGGCAUGGCGUAUGAAGGGUAAAUUCUGGCACUUCUUUAGAAGUAUGUUAUUAUAAUUUCAUUUUAUGCAAUGACACGGUUUCAACAAGCAAAUGGAAUAUUGUACAUUGGGUAAUAUUUAUUGGUAGGCUAUUACAGUGGGUUUCCUUUAAAUGUUCAUGAUGGGCUACCCUUUUACAGUUAAAUUAAAGCAUGUGCAUGAGGUGGUGUACUGUCUGUUGAUGCUGAUACAGUAUUGAGCUAGUAAGUAGGCUGCACGUGCUGCACGUCCACACUCUUGGUUGCACCCCUCCCUCUCAGUCCUGGCUCCUUGCCAGCAAAACACACACACACACACACACACACACACACACACACACACACACACACACACACACACACACGACUGCCCCAGUUAUCUACAGGGAGGGGUGGGUGCACGCUUAGAGGAGCUGAGAUUGACUAAAGGUAGGAGAGAGAGAAGGGAACUGGAGAGGGGAAAACAGGAAAUUGUUAGAAAAGACAGUUUGCUGCACAUGACGAGUGUGGGGAGGAAGGGAAUUUGGAGAAAGAUUUUUAUGAAGGAUGCAUGUUUCGUGGUGCUUCCUCUUCAUCCUUCCCCCUUUUCCCUUGGAGCACAUUGACUAGAGGAAGAGAUCAAGUGAUGGAGAGAUGCCUGCAGUUUCUGAGUUACAUUGUAACCUAAUUAGGAGGCAGCCACUGUAAUUUUGCUCAUAACUUCUCCUAACUUCUCCUUGUAUUCUUCACCCGCAUUAGCUUCAUUUCAUUAGUGGCUGCAAAUUUGGCCAAUGAGAGGAGGAGAAAUGCGAUUGCUGGAGUGUUUGUGCACUGUAUAUUAGUAAGGUGAUGAGCUGGCUGUCUCUGUAGAGCCGUGCGGCCACAGAAAAGAGCUUUGAGCUGAGAAAAGGAGGUGAGAUAGAGGGAGGGAUGGGGGGAGACAGAAGGGAGAGGUGGUGUGCGCUGCCUGUUCCAGCUUCGAGGUAUUGUGUGUCAUCUCUCUGCACUCUCCACUGCAGCCGUCUGCUGAAUAGUAAUCAGUGACACCAGGAUAGGGGGGGAGCGAGAGAGGGAGAGAAAGAAUGAUAGCAAAAGAGACGAAGAGGGAGAGAGAGUGAGGAAGGCGAGACAUGGUGAGGGAGGUGGAAUGCCAAGCUGACAAUCCUGCUGCAUUAUCUGCCUGGUGGUAGAGCAAGUGUGAAAGAGAAGGAAGGGAAGGAUAGACGAGACAGAGGGAGAGAGCCACAUGAAGAUGCAGUGGGGUUCCAAGAGGAGUGUGAUGUGCCAGCGAUCUAGCAUUUUCAGCUGGCUUUGAUCGACUCCAACCUCUGCACUUUGUCCAAAGCUGAAAUUCAGUUCCACAUCGCUCAUUUGCAUGAGAUCCAGAAGAAAUACAGAGCGGCGAAAGAAGCGUAUGAAAGUCUGCUGCAGACGGAAAAUCUUCCUGCACAGGUGAAGGCGACUACACUGCAACAACUUGGCUGGAUGCAUCACACAGUGGAGCAGCUGGGGGACAAAGGCACCAAGGACAGCUAUGCCAUCCAGUGUCUGCAGAAGUCUUUAGAAGCAGACCCAAACUCUGGCCAGUCCUGGUACUUUCUCGGCAGGUGCUACUCCAGUAUUGGGAAGGUGCAGGAUGCCUUCAUCUCAUACCGUCAGUCCAUUGAUAAGUCGGAGGCCAGCGCUGACACCUGGUGCUCCAUAGGGGUGCUCUACCAGCAGCAGAACCAGCCUAUGGACGCACUGCAGGCCUACAUCUGCGCCGUUCAACUGGACCACAGCCACGCAGCCGCCUGGAUGGACCUGGGUACCCUCUACGAAUCCUGCGGCCAGCCGCAUGACGCUAUCAAGUGUUACAUCAAUGCUACGCGCAGCAAGGCGUGCCUCAACACUGCUGCACUCACACAACGCAUCAAACUGCUGCAGGCUCAGUUGUGUAACCUACAGCCAGGUAGUCUGCAGAAUAAGAGUAAAAUGCUUCCUAGUAUUGAGGAGGCGUGGAGCCUACCCAUUCCUGCUGAGCUCACAUCCAGGCAGGGGGCCUUGAACACUGCACAGGCACAGCAGGCCUGUAAGGGGGAGGGAGGCCAGUCUGCCAGCAAUCACACAGACCCACAGGCCAGUCCUGCCAAGAGGAAACGCACUGCCAGCCCAGCUAAGGGUGCUGCAGACUCAUGGGCAAACAGUCCCAGUCAGCAGCAGAUCCCCAGCUGGUACCUAACGCCACAGAAGCUACAGCACCUGGAUCACUUGCGAACCAACCGAGCAAACCUCAAGCCCCCCCAGGUGCAGAUGUUGGAGCAGCUGGAGAAUCAGUACUCUCUCAUGCAACAGCAUCAGCAGCAGAUGAGGCAGCAGGCAGCAGCGGGUGGCCAGCCGCGGCCCGGCCUUCCCAACGGUCCUUUAGCUGAGCCCUCUAACCACCAAGCAGGCCUCUCCCGCACCUCCCCCCUCAAUCACACAGCCCUCCGGCCCCCGUGUGUCACCCAGCCCACAGCCAACGGAUCCUGUUGUUCGAGUCCUUCAGCGGGGCUGCUGGGACACGUGGACAAAAAUCUGGGACUGGGAGGUGGUGGCGCAAGCAACGGAAACGUGCCUUACCCGCAGCAGAACUCUCUACCUCACAACUGCACAGCCGCCAGUCACCCUAGCACCAGCAGCACUACCAGUAGUCCCAGUCAUCCAGACGAGACAUGGAGGAGCCAACAACGCAACACUACCACUCAGGGGCUUCAAAAAGGUCCAGGUUCACAUUCGGCAGGUCCCAAUGGAGAACCCCCUUUCUCUUCCUCCUCCUCCUCCCCUCAGACCUCGUUCUCUUCCUCUGGCAUUCUGAAUCAGGUUGGACAUUCCUCUGGGCCCUGCACUGCCUCUUCCUCAGCCUCCUCUUUGUCCCCCACGUCUCCCCAGACCACACCCAACCACUUGUCCUCGCCUCCCCACUCCGCUACUACCUCAGGGGUCCACACCAAAGACACCACGCCUUCAGGGGGCAAAAAUGGCAGCAACGGAUCAGCUGCUGCUUUGCCAUCAGGUCCGGAGGCUGCCGUCAGGCAUUCCGCAGGGACACCCCUAAGUCCCGGCACCACCCCCGCGCAGGGAUUGACUAAUCACGUCCAGCCGCGGGUGACAGACAGCUCUGCUAGCCUGUCUCAGCCAUGCUCUCCUGCCCCCGGCGUGCUCAGUUCAGACAAUCCUCAGCUCUCAGCCUUGCUAAAGGGAAAAGCCAAUGCUACCAGUAACGACGAUAACAAUAACUACAGUAACCAUGGCGAGCCUUCCUCAGAGAAAAUCAACAACGUCCACCCAGGUCUCCACGGUGCCGCUAAACCAGAGCAGCCGCCACUUUUAACCACCGCCACGUCUUCUCCACGCUCUGCGGACCUGCACACUACCAACAGCCUCUCCUGCCUUAACAGCCCGUCCAACACCGACAGCCAGGGGCCCACUGUCAAUGGGAGGGGGCUGGAGGACUCCCAGAGCCCACUGAAGGUAAAGCCUUCUGGGGGAGCUCAGAGACGCACUGUCCCUGCUGGUCUGGCACCCUGGUCCUCUGUUUCCAUCUACCCCAGCUCCAGUGAAGUGCUCAGAGCUUGCAGGAACCUGGGGAAGAACGGCCUGUCAACGAGCAGCAUCCUCCUGGACAAGUGUCCCCCUCCGCGACCCCCUCGCCCACCCUCUCCUCCGCUGCCAAAGGACAAACUCAAUCCCCCAACACCCAGUAUUUAUCUUGAAAACAAGAGGGACGCCUUCUUCCCUCCCCUUCAUCAGUUCUGCACCAACCCUGCCAACCCGGUCACUGUCAUCAGAGGACUGGCUGGAGCGCUCAAACUAGAUCUGGGCUUGUUCUCUACUAAGACGUUGGUGGAGGCCAACCCGGACCACCUGGUGGAGGUGCGAACGCAGCUGGCUCAGCCCACUGAUGAGAACUGGGACCCCAGCGGCACCAAGAAGAUGUGGCGCUGCGAGAGCAGCCGCUCCCACACCACCAUCAUAAAAUACGCCCAGUACCAGGCCUCCUCCUUCCAGGAGUCUCUGCGGGAGGAGAAUGAGAAGAAGAAGGAGAUGGAAGCUGAAGCAGGUUCCUCAGACAGUGUGAUGCGGCGCAGGAAAGGGCCAUUCAGACACCUAAAGUUUGGCACCAACAUUGACCUCUCUGAUGAAAAGAAGUGGAAACAGCAGCUUCAGGAGUUGUCUAAAUUGCCAGCUUUUGCAAGGGUGGUGUCAGCCGGUAACCUGCUCAGCCAUGUAGGGCACACCAUCCUUGGCAUGAACACGGUCCAGCUCUACAUGAAGGUGCCAGGGAGCAGGACGCCAGGUCACCAAGAGAACAACAACUUCUGCUCAGUCAACAUCAACAUCGGUCCAGGGGACUGUGAAUGGUUCGCUGUGCCUGAGACGUACUGGGGUGUCAUCAACGACUUCUGUGAAAAGAACAACAUCAACUUCCUGAUGGGCUCCUGGUGGCCCAACCUGGAGGACCUGUACGAGACCAACGUGCCUGUUUACCGCUUCAUCCAGCGUCCCGGGGACCUGGUGUGGCUCAACACAGGCACCAUUCAUUGGGUGCAGGCCAUUGGCUGGUGCAACAAUAUUGCGUGGAAUGUUGGACCCCUCACAGCCCAUCAGUACAAGUUGGCAGUGGAGCGCUACGAGUGGAACAAACUGCAGAGCGUCAAAUCCAUCGUUCCCAUGAUCCACCUCUCCUGGAACAUGGCCCGGAACAUCAAAGUGUCAGACCACAGGCUCUUUGAGAUGAUCAAGUAUUGCUUGUUACGGACUCUGAAGCAGUGUCAGAUGCAGCGGGAACUGCUGCUGGCUGCUGGGAAAGAGCUGGUGUGGCACGGGAGGACCCAGAAUGAGCCGGCACAUUAUUGCAGCAUCUGUGAGGUGGAGGUGUUUGACCUGCUGUUUGUGACCAGCGAGAGCAACAGCAGGAAAACGUACGUGGUGCACUGCCAGGACUGUGCCCGUAGGGGGAGCACUAACCUGGACAACUUUGUGGUGCUAGAGCAGUACAAGAUAGAGGACCUGAUGCAGGUUUACGACCAGUUCACACUCGCGAGUCCCCUGCCUUCCUCUUCUUGAUGGUAACACUGUUGUUCUGAGGACAGUUAGAGCCACAACGGACUUAAAUCGGACACUCUCCGGAAACCUUUUUUUUUUGUUUGUUUGUUUUCUGAUAUUCAGGAAGUAAGCCGGCAGUCCUCAAAACAGCGCUCUGUAGCUCUCCCAUAAGGCAGCUGCGUGAAAGCUGUGUGUCUAUGCAACCUGCCCAGAGUGGUGUGCCCCGCCACCCCCACACCCCCUAGUGGACUGGAGUGUGGGGGGUCGGCAGCUCCUCUCCUGUCACCAUGACCAGACUGUUCUACUGCUGGCCCAGCUGGACUUCACUAGAAAAAUCCACAAAAUCCCACAUAAAAAUGAUGAAUUCAAGUUUUGUACAUAACUGGCAACAUCGUCACACAGAGACUACUGACUUUUCUUUCCCCCAUUUUUUUUUGUAUUCUGUUUGUGAGUUGACACAAGAGCUUUGCCCCCCCUCCCUCAAUGAGAUGAGUAAUUAGCAUAGCUGGUCUUUUGUAUGUUAGACACCUCCUUGGUCAGGAAAACAAGGUUAAAAAAACUGUUUUUGUAAUGUGAAAAAGUUGAGUAACAUUCUUUGCAACAUUUUUCUCCCCCAAUUUUUUAAAAUCAGUUUAUUUUCCUGGAGGAUGAGUUUUUUUGGUUACUUUGUGGUGGGGGAAGAGGAAAUCAUUUGUAGACAAACAGCCAAGUCACAGAGAAAAAGGGUUGCACAUAGACAGAAGAGUGAACUUUAAUUUGUGUUCUUUUUUUUAUUUUGAUGUAAACUUACACUAUUUAUAAAUGCAUAUUUAUUGCUUGAAAAUAUUUGUUGAUGGAAUGCUGUAAUUUUUUUCCAGAGUACCUGCCAUUAAAUUUGAAGGAGCCUUGUGAUUUUAAGCUCGGCCCCUCAUACGUUUUCUAUAUAAAUAAAACUGCUUAGUCAGCGUUGUACAGAGACCUUCCCUCGAGAUGGGUUUAUUGUUUGAAGGAUGUUUUAUGAGUCAAUAAACAAAAAUUGUCUUUAUUUA